AUGGACGCAUUGAAAGAAAAGCAAGGAUCCGCGAAGUGUAUGAGUUCGCGAGCGGACCACGUCGAAGACCAGGCGCUCUGGUACAGAGUCUACAUGAGGUGGUGCCCCCACGAGACACUCCAGUAUCUGAUCUCUAGCGAUGAUCUCCAUCGCAAAGGAAGUCCGAGGGUCCCAGAAGCGGCUUUGUUGAGCUUCUUCAACGAUAUGAUAGAAGCCUGUCUCGUUCUUGAGUUCGGCGACGCAACCGCGGUUGCAAAGCUCACGGGCUGGAAAUCCUUCGUCCACCGCAACAUCAAGCCAAACAAUAUCUUCCUCGAUAGUCCAGAGGAAAGCCCGAGGUUCCCAGAAUAUCCCAAAGCCGUUCUUGGUGAUUUUGGAAUUGCUGUCAUGACGGAUAAAAUGGACCCUAAUAAUCUCAAGUGCAACCGGUAUCCUCUCAGACAUUGUCUCAAGAGUACGAUUUGCUACAAUGAUAAUGCAGGUACACCUGGCUGGAAAGCACCGGAGAUGAUCAGGCAAAUCCACAAGACUUCACUGAGCAGAUUGGACCUGCCACGCAUCAACAGACCGGAAAUGAAAUUGGGGGGCGCCUGCAACGUCUGGGGCGUCAGCGCAAUCAUGACAAGACUGAUGAACCAAGACACAGCCAACUGGAAGAAGGAGCAUGCUCUUCAUGACCACUACGCCAGCGCAGAGGCAAGUCGUCCAGUGCAGCUUGAUGAAAAGACUGAAGGAUUCUAUUCACGUCAGCUCCGAGAGCUAGUCAAUAGCUGCACUGCAUACCUCCCUCACGAUCGACCAACCCUGGUAGAGCUCAGGAGGGAGAUACAAAAGUGUACACAGCCCGGCUCCGUGCACGACCGCGCAAAUGGCAUGAGGACUCAUGUCGGCAAUCUUGCCCAAUGGGACUUGCUACAGUAUUACAAGGAUGAGUACAAGCUUAACAUGGCAUAUAGCAGGGGAUGA